AUGGCGACUACUUCGAAUCGUGAUUAUUUCUUUCAAACCUCCGCUGCCCUCGACUCUCAAGAGCGGAAGGACGCCAAGUCCCAGAAUACCAAUGGGAACCCCAUUAGGCUUGAGAGCAAGAUCCUGGCUGUCCGUGCGGACCCGGUGAAUCAUGGCUCGAUCUACGUUGCGCAGAGUAAUGGCAUUGUGAGGAGAGUGGUUUUGGCAACGGGCGAGACAUCUGCCCUUUUCAAAGGCCCCGUGGCGCCAGUGACGAGUGUAUGUCUUAGCCCAGAUGGGAAACUGCUCUUUGCCGGUUGCUGGGACAAGACGGUAUGGAGCUGGGAUGUUGCCUCGAGGCAGCCCCGGCAGAAGUACGAAGGGCAUACCGAUUUUGUGAAGUCGGUAGUCAGUGCUAGACUGCGUGGGGAAAACCUACUUAUCACCGGUGGUGCCGAUGCACAAGUCCUUGUUUUCAAUAUCGCAAGCGGUGAGCGAAUUGAGACAUUCAGGGACCACACUCGUGGCAUUCAGGAUCUCGCUUUUGAUCCUGAAUUGGAAGAGACCCAGCCAGUAGUGUUCAGCGCGGGGAGUGACCGUGAGAUACGACAGUUCAUGAUCUUUGGUGGUGGUGAAACCGCGGAACCCCUUCUGCCCCAUGACACCAGUGUGUACAAGUUGUUCUUCGACAAUGACGGUGAUCUGUGGACGGCAUCAGCCGACAAGACAGCCAAGUGCUUGGUGCGUUCGGACGGCUGGAAAUCCAAUCUCAGCCUGGAACACCCUGACUUUGUGCGAGACGUUGUCGUCUAUGAAACCGGAGGCUGGGUCGUUACGGCCUGUCGGGAUGAAGAGGUGCGAGUGUGGAACCGAUCUACCGGCGAGCUCCAUCACACUUUCUCGGGCCACUUCGAGGAAGUCACCGGCCUGGCCCUUGUGGGUUCGACUGUUGCCAGUGUGGGAAUUGAUGGCACCAUUCGCCAGUGGUCUCUGCGACCUGACGAGCUGCAAAAGGCGGUGGAUCUGGCCAAGAACGGUUCGAAAGAAGAAGAAAAGCCUGAUGGCGAACCGAUGUUGACGGAAGAAGAGGAACGCGAGCUGGCUGAACUGAUGGAUGAUUAG